AUGACCAGCCUCGCUUCUUGUAUCUUCUGCAAAAUCGUCAAGGGAGAAAUACCUUGCUUCAAGCUCUUCGAGAGCGACAAGACGUUGGCGUAUCUAGACAUAAAUCCACUAAGCCGGGGUCAUGCUCUCGUCAUUCCUAAGCAUCAUGGUGCCAAGCUUACCGAUAUUCCUGACGACCACUUGAUGGAGAUUCUGCCCGUCGUCAAGAAGCUGAUUAACGCCACCGGCGCAGUUGAUUACAACAUACUGCAGAACAAUGGCCGCACCGCUCAUCAGAUGGUGGACCACGUCCAUUUCCACAUGAUCCCCAAGCCCAAUGAGACGGAAGGGCUCGGUAUCCGCUGGCCGCAGCAGCAGACUGACAUGGAUAAACUCAAGGCCCUCUUUGAGGAGCUCAAGUCCAAGGUGUAG